GCUCGCUGCCGGUGCGCAGCCGUCCGAUAGAGAUCUCGCGGAUGGCGUCCCUCUGGACCCGGACAUAAAGGCCUUUGAUGAAUUAUUGGAUAAUUCCCUCCGGAGACUCGUGGCAGCUGCCGAGAAGAUCGGGGGCCAGAUCCUUGAGGUUACGAAAAUACUGGAGCAGGCCUUCUUGGUUGAGAAGGAGCUUCUCAUUCAGGCCAAGCAGACUCAGAAACCUAACUUGGAGGCUCUGUUCUCUGAGUUUUUGAAACCGCUAAAUGAAUUGAUUGUAAAAGCAAAUGCAAUGACAGAAGGCAGGCGAUCUGAUUUUUUUAACCAUUUAAAGGCAACGGCUGACAGUCUAUCUUCUUUGACAUGGAUUGCUUAUUUAGGGAAGGAUUAUGGCACGAGUCUUCCAACUACCCACGUUGAAGAAAGUUGGCAGAUGGCUGAAUUCUAUAACAACAAGGUCCUUGUAGCAUACAGAAAUAAGGACUCUGAUCAUGUCGAAUGGGCAAAAGCUUUGAAGGAACUUUAUGUACCUGGUUUGCGAGAUUAUGUUAAAAGCUUUUAUCCUUUGGGUCUUGUUUGGGGACGUCCUGUGAGUGCUCUUACUUCAGCACCAAGCUCUCCUUUGCCGGUGGCUAAGGUCCCACCAGGGAAGAAUCCAGCAGCGCCACCUCCUCCAGCCACUCCUCUUUUCGUCUCUGAGACUGUAGCACAACGGCCUAAACUAGGGAUGUCUGCUGUGUUUGAAGAGAUAAAGUCAAGUAAAACUGUGACAUCAGGUCUGCGGAAGGUUACAGAUGAUAUGAAGACUAAAAACCAAGCAGAUAGAACUUCUGUUGUAAGCUCUACUGAGAAAGAAAUACGUGCCAGUUCUCCAUCAAUUUCUAAGACGGGGCCUCCCACAUUUGAGCUGCAAAUGGGUCGCAAGUGGGCUGUUGAAAAUCAGAUUGGAAAGAAAAACUUGGUUAUUGAUAAAUGUGAUGCGAAACAAUCCGUCUAUGUAUAUGGUUGCCAGGAUUCUGUGCUGCAAGUCAAAGGGAAAGUAAACAACAUAACUAUAGACAAAUGUAAUAAGAUGGGUGUCUUAUUUAAGGAUGUGUUAGCUGCUUGUGAAAUCGUGAACUGUAAUGGCGUAGAGGUGCAGUGUGAGGGCUCUGCACCAACUAUAUCGAUAGAUAACACAGGAGGCUGCCAACUGUACCUGAGCAAAGAGUCACUGGAAUGUUCUAUAAUUACCGCUAAAUCAAAUGCAAUUAAUGUAAUGGUUCGUGGACCAGGCUCUGAGAUUGAUUGGGUUGAGCACGAAUUACCCCAGCAAUAUAUUCAUACUUUCAAGGAUGGACAGUUUAUAACAUCUCCAGUCUCUCAUUCUGGAGUGUAAGACAUUUUGUUUUCCUCUUCCGAAUGACGAUUUCGUCAAGAGUUUGUGUUAUUGCUUUUGUUUUCUCAUCAUCACUUGGCGUUGCGAUCUGCUUUGAAGUUUUAUGUUUUGUUUAUUUAUUUAUUUAUUUUUGUUUGUUUGACUUUGAGUGCUUUCAACCAUUCUAGAUAUUUGUUAUUCUGGAUUCUGUUUUAUGUUUGUUGGUCCAGAGAGAGUUGUGGCGUUGCAAAACGUUGCAUUUUGGUCAGAAGCUUCUCAGCUCCAACUGACUGCAUGACUUCAAUUUAUAUAGGAUGAAUUUUACAGUCA